AUGGUGGGCAACGUCACUCUCCCUGGCUUCUCAUCCUUUUUCUUGGCUGGAAUUCCUGGUCUAGAAGUCUUCCACUAUUGGUUGAGCAUACCUGUUUGUCUUCUCUAUGCCCUUACCCUGAUUGGGAAUGGCCUCAUUGUCUUUGUGAUAAGAGGAGAAUCCAGCCUUCAUCAGCCCAUGUUCUUUUUCCUUUGUAUGCUGGCCUUUGAUGAUGUAGCAGUUGCCUCAACCAUAGCCCCCAGGAUGCUUGACAUAUUUUGGCUGGAUUCUCAUUUCAUUGGAUUUGAUGUCUGCUUGGCCCAAAUGUGCUUAAUCCAUACCUUUUGCUGCAUACAAUCAGGUCUUUUGGUAGCCAUGGCCUUUGACCGCUAUGUUGCCAUCUGCUAUCCACUGCAUUAUGCUACCAUCCUGACCACUCCUUUGGUCAUCAAGCUAGGGUUGCUAAGUGUGGCCAGAGCCAUCAUAAUGGUUUUUCCCAGCCCAUUGCUCGUUAAGCGGCUGAGGUACUGUACCCAGAAUAUUAUACGACAUACCUACUGUGAACACAUGGCUGUGGUGAAGCUUGCCUGUAGCAAUACCUCCAUAAAUCGUGUCUAUGGUAUUCUUGUGUCCUUCUCAGUUAUAUUUCUGGACAUUGGACUUAUUUCUGUGUCCUAUGUCAAGAUCCUUCAGGCUGUUUUCCGACUCUCCUCCAAGGAUGCCCGCUCUAAGGCACUAGGCACAUGUGCUGCCCAUAUCUUCACUAUCCUCGUCACCUAUGUACCUGCACUGUUUAGUUUCCUCACCCAUCGCAUUGGUAAGAGAGUGCCCCCAUCCCUUCACAUCAUCAUUGCCAGCAUAUAUCCCCUGGUGCCACCUGCUGUCAACCCACUAGUCUAUGGUGUAAAGACCAAGCAGAUUCGUGGCCAAGUGGUCCUCCUCUUCCUCAGGAAAAAGGAUAAAGUCUCCAAGAACUAG